UAUAAAAGGAUGGAUUAGUUAAGACUUAAGAGUAAGACCUUGAAAUAGUGGUUGCGUUUUUGGGAAGAGAGGGCAAAAGAUGAUACGAUCGGUGAUGGUAAUGAACACUCAGGGCAAGCCUCGCCUUGCCAAAUUCUACGAUUUCCAGAUUGAGUUUCAUUCUUUGAUUUCAGACUGUCGAGAAGCAACAGGAGCUUAUCCGCAGCGUUUUUGGAGUAGAGCUGAGAAUGUAAGCAAUUUCUUAGAUGCCGCGUCUAUUUUUGGUCCGGAUAGCAGCCUUGUAUACAAGCACUAUGCAACACUUUACUUCGUUUUAGUUUUUGAUAGUUCUGAAAAUGAGCUGGCCAUGCUCGACUUGAUACAAGUGUUUGUGGAAACGCUGGACAAAUGCUUUAAAAAUGUAUGCGAGCUUGACAUUGUGUUCAACUAUAGCAAGAUACAUACUAUUUUAGAUGAAAUGAUUUUUGGAGGCCAAGUGCUGGAAACAAGUUCUACAGAACUCGUGAAGGCUGUUGAAGAAAUAUCAAGGUUAGAAUCUGCCUCCAAUUCCAUCACCCUUGUACCCAAGUCUGUUUCUGGCUGGCGGAACCGAUAGCAUCUGGUUUUUAAGUGAGCUAUUAAAUGAUCAACAAUAUUUCCUGCGAAUGUUAUCAUACAUAGCCUCCAAAAGUUUGUUCCUAUCUUUCUUGGGCUUUAUAUUCUUUUUUGGAGGUGAGGGAGGGGUGGUUCAUAGUGCAUACAGUUUCUUGCCAUUCCUUGCAUUCCCCCAGUUGAUCCAGAUUGCUCUUUGGAUCUGAUCUCUUUUAGCAUUUGGUUGUUCAAACUUCAAAUGUCGUUUGAUUAAAUAUGAAAAAAAGGAUACAGAUUAUUUUUCUGUUUAGCAA